UUCCGCAUGGAUUUUCCUUUCGACCUGCAGGAGCUCCCGGCGUUCGCCAUUAUUGGCAUUUCUUGUGGGUUCCUGGGAGCUUUCUUCGUUUACCUGAACCGCCAAGUUGUCCUGUUCAUGAGAAGACCUAACAUUCUCACACGAUUCCUUACAAAACACCGGCUGAUUUUCCCUGCUGUUGUGACCUUAGUCAUUACGACACUGACAUUCCCUCCAGGCUUUGGGCAGUUCAUGGCUGGAGAGCUGAUGCCCAGGGAGUGCAUCAACUCUCUGUUUGAUAACUUCACCUGGACUAAAAUAUGGGGUUCCUCCCUCCCUCCUGGUCUCGGUCGCUCUGCUGUGUGGUUUCACCCUGAU